AUGUCUUUUCUCAGGACUCUUUUAAAUGACUCUGUCCUCAUUCGUCCUCCAGGCUUCUAUAUCAUCGGAUUUGAGACUUUUCCUUUCAUCAACUUCUACUUCAUAUUUCUAGCUUUUGUUUAUGUGAUCACAGUGCUGUCCAACAGUUUGGUGAUCUACAUAAUUGUCGUCAAUCAUUGUUUGCACACUUCUAAAUUUAUUGCAGUUGUCAACCUCGCAGUGAUUGACCUAGUGCUUACUACAUGCCUUAUUCCCAGCAUGAUAAAUGUAUUUCUCAUUAAGGAUAACUUCAUUCCAUUUAGACUGUGUUUUGUACAAAUGUUUGUGUACUACACGUUUGUAUCGUUGGAGUCAUAUGCACUGGCUAUACUUGCCUAUGAUCGGUUGAUUGCCAUACAUUUCCCUUUGCGACAAAACUCAAUCAACACAGUGCAGAGCAUGUGUUGUAUAGUUGGAGUGUCAUGGGGGUUUGGUCUGGGAGUAAUUGCAUUUUCAACAGGUAUAAUGGCUCGACUGUCUUUCUGCGGGUCUGUGAGAGUUUUCAGUUAUUUCUGUGACUACGCACCUGUGUUUAGACUUGCCUGUAAUGAUUACACGAUGCAAUGGUGGGCGGCAUCUUUGCUUACUUUCUUGAUUCUUGUAGUACCCUUUACUUUCAUCCUUCUAUCUUACGUCAGCAUCCUGGUGGCCGUGUUCAGGAUGAAAAAUCUGGACAGUCGAGUGAAAGCUUUGGCCACUUGUGUUGAGCAUCUGAUUCUUGUUGCUGUGUUUUACUUUCCCCUCAUCAUCAUUUUUACCAUUGGCUUUUAUCUGCGACUCAUUGAUCCAGACCAGCGUGUCCUGAGCCUGUCGUUGGCCUCUUGCCUCCCUCCCUGCAUCAACCCUAUUGUGUACUCUUUAAAAACCAAAGAGAUUAAAAUCAGAGUGCAGGCAUUGUUUAGAAAAAAUAAUGUUGGUGUAGACCAAACUAAUGGCAGCAACUUCCUGUUCCCACAGAAAACUGUGGGGACGGUUUGCCAGAAUCUUUUCGGUGCCCACCAACAGUCUCCUUCCAUAGCCUCACCGAACUCCUCCCACACCAAAGUUUUUGCCUCAGCGACUGCCCUGGCUACGGUAAACAUGCCUUCUGGAGACCCACAGUCCAACCAUGCCCUGCAGGCCUCCUUCUUCAGCCUGACAGUUUCCCACUGCAAUCAGCAACCUUACGGUCACAACUCAGUCACCUCGACAAUGGCAGAGCAGAACAUGGUAAAUUUGGACUAA